AUGCUGGGACUCGAUGCGCUCGCCGCUAGACCGCUCUCGGCAGUCCCCCUAAUUCAACCAAGAAGCCGCCCCUGCCACUGCAACGGUGACGGCCGCUGCACCGAGACGGCUGCACCUGCCUGGACACCCGUGUCUGCACCUGCCCCUGCCACUACUCCCACCGCUGCCACUGCCGUCGCUGCUGCUGCUCCUACCACCACGGCAGCACCUGCACCUGCUGCUGCUGUUGCUGCUGCUCCUGCCUCAAGCUCGAGCCCAAACCUCGUCACACGGGCGCUCAUCACCAACGGCCCCAGCUGCCGCGCCAGCCUGCGACGGGACCGUCUCUUCGGCGGCUCGCCCCCCCUCGCCUUUCCCACGGCUUCCCACGCGAGACAAGUUCCAGACCCCAUCCCGUCGUCCACCAUAGAUGCAUUCGCCAAUCCGCGCCUGACCACCCUCUCCCAUCGUCAGCCCCCCGUGUACCCCGGCGCUUCCACCUUGCCGUCGCCUCCCGCACCCACCGCUCCUGUCCACCGCCGCUUCGAGUCUACACGCGGUGCCGCCUACAUCCCCCACGAACCCUUUGUUCAAUCGCCCUUCCUCAGCAAAGCCUCUGCCACGCCUCGCCGCCUUCGUCGUCUGUCCGGCGCCGCCCGCCUAUGGAACCCGACAAACUCGACACCGCGACGUCCCACUGAAAACAAGCAGAGGCGACGGCGACCCUCGACGCCGCCCCCUGCCAACGUCCCGCUAUCCCAUCCCGCUCUCGACAACUCGACCGAUCCUGCCGACCCCGUCAGCACCGGUGCAGGCCACUAUCCCCUGCUCACACUACCCGAACUCCGACAAUCCCGUCGUUCCGGCUCUGGACGCGGCAGUCUCCAAUUUGACCACCGCGGCAACAGCGAUCACCGUAUCAGCCUGCCCCGGUCCGUGCGCCACUCGUACGACGAAAAGAGAGGAGCAACGAGCUCCAACCCUUCGCCAGUCGAUCCCGAGCAGGCAUCGCCCGGCUCCCUCCAACCCCAAGAGGUCGACAAGGGCAAAGGCAAGGCCAUUAUGACACCGCAACCAGACGAACAGCAGAGGGGCUACUCGAGGGACCUCGAGCGGGGCCCCGACAUUAUGGACCCUCGCCGCCACUCCAAUCUCUCGGCCGGCGAUGGUAUCGGGUCUGCCAUGUCCUCAGACUCGUCCAUCAUGGGCGAGGAGGUCGGCGACAUGGGCGAAGAAUGGGGCCCGCAGCACCCAUGCUAUCCCCAUCUCAACCCACACGUACCUGUUGACUCUCCCGAAUACCAAAACACGCGUAUCAUCCGCGUUCGCAGGGACUGGCUCAUCGAGGGCGACCUCGCGCCGACCUUUUCCAACCUCUACCCGGAAAUCCUGGAUCCAGCUGGCUUGUCGGAGCAGGAGUUUCGCCGCGUCAUUGAAAAGCUCAACGGCGAACUGAUUCCCAUCUUUAACCCCUAUGACUGGAGGAAUAUCGUCGACAGCAUGCUCGGACUCGUCACAGGCUGGCUGUGGGAUGACUUUGGCCUGACGGGGGUCAAGGCACGCCUCACGAGGCUGGAGAACUGGAUGGACCAGUGGAACAAGGAAAUCGAGAAGACGGCCGGAGCGUACGAGGGGGCUUCGGCCCCCAAGCUCAUUCCCCUCCGACGGACGGGCUACAUGACUCUGGACAUACAAAUAUCAGACCCCGAGGUCGCCGCGGCACCCAGCACCCCCGGCGCCUCGGCGACUGGCGUGAUGCCCAUGGAGCCACCAACAGCCGUGACGGCGUGA